GCGUAGCAUGGGUUCACAGCCAAUCCCAUUUUCUUCUGUGUUUCAUCACAAACAUCUGGCAGACCUGCAGCGCGCUGUUCCUGCGGAGAGGUACUCAUGUCUACCACAGAGUCUGUUCGGAAGCGCCAUAAGGCGAAGACCAAUGGAGCUGAAACUGCCACAAAGGGGCGGAAGGAGGAACUGGCCAAGUGGGGAAGAGCAUGGGAGGUGGACUGGUUCUCUCUGAGUGGAGUGCUUCUGCUGCUGUGCUUUGCUCCCUUCAUCGUUUUCUUCUUCAUAAUGACCUGUGAUCAGUACCAGUGCUCCAUCAGCCACGUUCUGCUGGAUCUGUACAACGGAGACGCCAGCCCACUGAGCAUCUUGAGCCGAGCCCCUGCCCUCACCUGGACCGCUGCCAAAAUCUACGCCUCCUGGGUUACCUUCCAGAUCGUGCUGUAUAUGUGCAUUCCAGAUGUUACCCAUUAUAUCCUACCGGGCUAUGUAGGAGGAGUUCAGGAAGGAGCACGUACACCAGCAGGCCUGAUUAAUAAGUAUGAGAUUAAUGGUCUGCAGUGCUGGAUUAUAACGCAUGCUUUAUGGGUGGCCAAUGCUUACUACUUCCACUGGUUCUCUCCAACCAUCAUCUUUGACAACUGGAUUCCACUGCUGUGGUGCACCAACAUCCUCGGCUACGCUGUGUCCACGUUCGCUUUUAUCAAGGCCUACCUGUUCCCCACCAAUCCAGAGGACUGCAAAUAUACAGGAAACAUUUUCUACAACUACAUGAUGGGCAUUGAGUUCAACCCACGUAUUGGAAAGUGGUUCGAUUUCAAGCUCUUCUUUAACGGCAGGCCCGGGAUCGUGGCCUGGACUCUGAUUAACCUGUCUUACGCUGCUAAGCAGCAGGAGCUCUAUGGCUAUGUGACCAACUCCAUGAUCCUGGUCAACGUACUGCAGGCUAUCUAUGUGGUGGAUUUCUUCUGGAAUGAAGCCUGGUACUUAAAGACUAUUGAUAUCUGCCAUGAUCACUUUGGCUGGUACCUGGGCUGGGGUGACUGCGUCUGGCUGCCAUUCCUUUACACACUACAGGGAUUGUACCUUGUCUACAACCCGGUCCAGCUCUCCACCCCUAAUGUCGCAGGGGUCCUCAUCCUCGGGCUGCUGGGCUACUACAUCUUCCGCUCCGCCAACCAUCAGAAGGACCUGUUCCGCCGCACGGAGGGGAAGUGCACAAUCUGGGGGAGGAAGCCCGCCUACAUUGAGUGCUCGUACCGCUCUGCAGACGGCGGCACCCACAAGAGCAAGCUUAUGACCUCAGGCUUCUGGGGGGUGACCCGCCACAUGAACUACACAGGGGACCUGAUGGGCUCUCUGGCCUACUGCCUGGCCUGUGGAGGGGGGCACCUCCUGCCGUACUUCUACAUCAUCUAUAUGACCAUCCUGCUGGUGCACCGCUGCAUCCGAGACGAACACCGCUGCAGCAACAAGUACGGCAAGGACUGGAAACGCUACACAGAGGCCGUGCCCCAGCGCCUCCUGCCAGGGAUCUUCUAGAAAUGAGGAAAAUGGUGAAAUAGUUUAUUUUAUAAAUUACUGCAGAAAUAAGGGACAGAGGAACCAAUAGUAAAUCAUUGAUAGUUUUUGAUUUCGAGAAUUAGGACACUAAAUAUUGUCGCUGUCUGAUGAAAAACAAGUAUCUACUUUUUUUUAUUUGAACACACAAGCCCUUACAAUGUAUCAAAAUGCAUUUUAAAUGGACCAAUAGCAAUAAAAUAAACACUUUUUAUAUUGACUUCCACUGAAAGUUUUGAAGAUACUUGUUUUUUUUUUAUUGGACAGUGACAAUAUGCAGUACCAGCAGAUAAUAAUGGAAUCAAAUUAGCAUUAUUUGCUGCUAAAAGUGAUCAAAAGAAUACUGUAGAAAACAUACAGUAUGUAACCCAGAUAUAUAAUGAAAAGCCUAAUUAGGUUAUUAUAUUCAUUAAACCUCAGAUAUUUCUUUGAGCAUACCCAUUAUUAUUAUUAGAUGAGCACAACCUUACAGUAACAGGUCUAUUUUAGUCUAAAGAUACUUUUUUAGACUUUAUUCACCAAUUCCUUUGUUUGUAGCAAUCAAGGAUUUCCCAAUUUCUUGUUUACAAGAAGGCCAUAGAAUCCUCUUAUCAAAAAGGCAGUCAGUGAUAUCGCCCAUCCCUGAUGGAAGCACAGGUUCCAGUACAGUUUUGGUGAUUUACCUGUGCAAACUGACCUAUUAUACUUUUAAACUUGUAAAAAAUUUGCAUAGUUCAAGGGCUGAGGGGUAGAUAAAGUAGAUAAAAUUCAGAGUGGCUCGGUGUUAAAUAGCAGAUAAAUAUUUAUUAAUAUUCAAUUUUCCUUGCAUAUCAGAAGCUUAUAAAUCUUAACAAAGUGAGAGUUCAUGGAUUUCUCCUACACUUGAACAGCUACUACAUUGUCUCUACUUUUUUGCAUAUGAUUGGUGUAUGCAAUGAGCUUUGCAGGAUCAUGGUGGGUCAUGGGUCACUGACUCCAUAAAAGUGUGGUCUGAUGCAGAAUCAAGAGAGGGAUGAUCAAGUGUUCAUAAGUGGCGCUCCUAAGCAAUCUUGUUGAAAAAGUUUAAAGAAAUGGGAUAACCUACAACCUUGCACACCUGUUAGGCACAUGCAAAUUAGGGAUGCAAAGGUGCAAGUGCAGGUAAUGAUACAUAUUGACCUCUAGUGGAUUUGUUAUUUGCAUUUAACAUUUAACCUCUGCUGAUUUGGUUGCAUAGAAUGUUAAACAGCAAGUUUUUUUUAUGGCUAUGUUCACAUUACCAGGCUGAAGUGACUCAAAUCUGAUUUUUUUUGCUCAGUGUGGCUCAGAUGUGAUUUUUUUAUGGCUGUGUAAACAUGUCAAAUACAUUUUUUUUUAAUCAGAUUUGAGUCACUUUCAUAAGUAGUCCUAAAUCAGAUACAUGUCCGAUUCAUUAAUGUGUGAACGGUUUUAGCAUUAGCGCUACGUGCUUCUCUCUCGUACCCACAAACACAUCUCUUGGUGCAGCUGUGCAGCUAUAGCUGCAAAAAGAGCAAAAGCAAACCGCCUGGCCUUUUUUCACCUCCUGGACCUGAGCAUGAACUUUAAACCAGCUGUUUACUGUUUCUCCACUCCAGCAAAAGAUGCUCCACAUAUGAGCUGCUAACUCAUCCAUUUCCCUUUAUAAAACUAAGAGUCGUCUCUCUAACAUGACGUUUUUGAUGUUGGUGAAGAAGGAGACGUUUAUACACAUAUCAAUGUGAGCAUGCGAGGCAUUUCAGGAACAGAACCGUCAAGAUAGCCAAAUCCGAUCUGGGCAAAAAAAAAAAUCUGAUUUGAGCAAUGUGGCUUGUAAUGUGAACGUAGCCUAUGAUGAAGUGUACCACUCUAAAUGACUUAGUUUAUAUUUUAUCCAUUUUUUGUUUUAUUUUUUGCCCAUUUCAUCAUGAAACUGUAGAAUUGGUAUCAGAAUCUCUUUUUUUAAUAGUUCAGUAUGUGUGUGGCUGAGCAGGGAAUUCUCCUGACCCUGCUGUUGACACUGAUCCUCUGGGACUGUAACUGGACACCGCUGCAGACCAGGAUCCAUGAACAUUUGCCUUUGCCUUGUGUGUUUUUACCCUGAGAUUGUCUGCUGCUGAUUUAUUAUUUUAAUGAGUUGCUCUGUAGUGAUCAGGAUUUCUUUAGCAGUUUAAUUUAAAGCUGUCUAUCUCAUUGAAUUAGCUUUUACAAGCUUUCACAAAAAAACAACAUAUCAUAUACUGAUAUGUAGGAUUCUUAUUAUUUGUGUGAACACUUUAUACUGUGUGGGGAUAUGUACGCUGCAUUACAUAUAUCAGAGGUUCUCAACUGGUCUCAGCUUCAUGAUCAUUAAGUCACGACCCUCUUUUAUAGAAUAUAUAUAUAUUUUUUUAAUAGCCUUCAAAAACCCAUUUAACCUUCCUGUUAUGUUACGGAUCAAAUUGACCCAUUUAAAAGUUAGAAGAUCUAGGAAACAUAGUUAAAAGUAUUUUUUCAGUAUAAAACUUCUUCUGCUUGCCUUAAUUAAUGUAAUCAACAUAUAACGCCCUGCAAUAAACAAAAACCAAAACAAAAUUAUGAAAAAAAAAGUUAUGUUUUAAUGUUAUGUAAAGCUAUUAUGUCCAAUAUAUUGGUCUUUCAAAAGUAGUAAAGUAGUGAAACAUUAAUUUGUUUUUAUUUUUUUGUAAAACGAGUAAAUUAUCAUAAUUGAACCAUUACCUGUUAGAGGUAAGGAACACCAUUGCACUAAAUAUUGAUAGAAUAAUUAGUAGUGUAGUUAUAAAUAAAAUAUUCACACUGCUUGUUGUUAUAAUUAUUAUUUUUAAUAAAUCAUAAUCAAAUUGACCCGAGAACACCAUUGUUGUUCCUAACAUAUAAACAUAACAGGAGGGUUAAACAUACAUAUGCCUGCAAAGUGAAUUUAAGAGCAUUUUUUUUAAGAAACUGAGGAGAAACAUGACAACUAAAAAGUAAAAAAAAAAAAAAAGUUACUACAAUAAAAUUAAAUAUCAAAACAGCACAAAAUAAAUAACUCCACAAAAUUAGAUAUUUCACUACUCUGCAUAUUUCUGCAUUCAGAGUACAUUAGUAAAAACUCUCUCUGUCUCCCCCCCCCCCCCCAGUAUAAAAGAUAUGUACAAAACCAGAUGAGUAUUAAUUAUUAUAUUAAUAAUAAUUUUUCAAAAAUGUAUUUAUUUUUUACAAGCUGUCUGUGACCCUCUUUUUGGGUCCCAACCCACCAGUUGAGAAUCGCUGACAUAGAUAUCAACAUAUGACUGUAGGCAACUAGAAGCACAGCCUGCGUACAUAAUGUGAGAAAUACAUUUAUGAUUAGAGCAUCACUUUUAAAUAACUCUUAAAUAACUCAUUAUGAUUAUUAAUUGAAUUGAAUAAGACCUUUUUUAUAAUCCUAACUGAUAGUGAUGGUUGAAAGGGACACAGCAUUCUGUCUGGAUGAGGAGAUACAGGGCAGAUUUUAUAGGCACAGUAUAUUUUUAUAUAUUUGGGCCCAUAUCAUGGAUCUCUUUAUUUUAUUAUUAUUAUUUUUUUUUUGCUCAUUUGAAAGCAUCAUGAUCCAAAAUCACAGGAUGUUUCAUAUGUUUAUUCAGACUACAGAGUUUGAGCCCCGCCCACUCACUCUAAAUUAGUAGUCUUUUAGCUGACUAACAGACUGCCUAUAAAUAAUAUACAAUACAAUACAGGUAAAUGAAAUAUUUAGGGCUGUGAACAUUUUGUAUAUUCCUACUUUUAUCUGUUUUAACAAUAAAAUCCGGUACAUAA